CGACGAUAAAGGGUCUAAAUUAAUUCAAUUAAAGUCAAAUUAGUAUAAAGAACCAUCAAUCUAUCAAUCUAUCUAUAAUGGAGGAUCAGAAUAACCAAGUAGCACUUAAAAUAGGGCUCAUUGGAGACUCCCAAAUCGGUAAGACAUCACUAAUGGUGAAAUAUGUCGAAGGAUCAUUUGAUGAAGAUUAUAUCCAAACUCUUGGAGUUAAUUUUAUGGACAAGAAGAUUCAUAUUCGUAACACAACUAUCACCUUUUCUAUUUGGGAUUUAGGUGGACAGAAAGAAUUCAUCAAUAUGCUCCCAUUGGUAUCAAAUGAUGCAGUAGCCAUUCUAUUCAUGUUUGACCUUACACGUAAAUCAACUUUAAAUUCCAUUAAAGAAUGGUACCGUCAAGUACGAGGGUUUAAUAAGACUGCCAUCCCCUUUCUUGUGGGAACCAAGUAUGAUCAAUUCAUUGACUUGUCAUACCAAGAUCAAACUGAAAUCACUCAACAGGCCAUGAAGUAUGGCAAUGCAAUGAAGGCUCCAGUCAUAUUUUGUUCUACAAGUCAUUCAAUUAAUGUACAAAAGAUAUUCAAGAUUAUAUUGUCAAAAGCUUUUGAUUUGAAAUUGAAUCUUGAUGAGAUUGUAAAUACAGGAGAACCAAUUCUUAUAUUCAAAUAGAGACAGGGUGGGGAGGACAAAGAAGAAAUACAUUUGAUCUGGUUAUCAUUUGUUUAGAUUAGCAUAAUAGGAAACGAAGUCAUUGA